GUUACUUUAGAAGAGAAUCAAGUUGGAAAAAAAAAAAUCAUAAGCAGGGGCAGUUGGUUGGUGAAUGGUGGCGCGGGGCUUAUCGUUAUCGAAGCCAGAAGCUGAGCGAACCGCCACAGAAAUUCGAAAUGCACUCUCUCUCUCACACACACCCCUUCCUACGCUCGCAUUCACUCUCUUCCUUCACCUCAUCUUCUUUUCUUCUCCUUCUUCCUCCUUCCACUCUUCGCAGCUCUAAGAGGUUGCGAUCCUCGCCCUUCGCCACCUCUUCCCCAAUUCACCCAAAUGGAACCAAAUUCCCAACGCAGGGACUCUCUCAUUCUUGCAAGAAUUCCAAGAAUUCCAAGAAUUCACCUGAAUCACUCGCUCGCAUCUCCAAUUGGAAAUUCCCCUUGGCUCCAAUUGCUCAUUCUAAUUUCUCCGUUAGGCUUCUCAAGUUUAUGAUGCUCUUCGGCUUCUUCACACUUAAACACUCUUAUCCCGCUCAUGCUGCCUCCGACUUUUUCAAUGCUUUCAGUUUAUCUCCUGCAUUUGGGGAUUUUGAUGACAUAAGCACAGGUUUUGCUUCAGCGUUUCUGCUGAUAUUUUUCUCUGAACUUGGAGAUAAGACCUUCUUCAUUGCAGCCCUGCUUGCAGCUAGGAAUACAGCUGGUGUUGUUUUUAUUGGGACGUUUAGCGCACUUGCGGCAAUGACUCUGAUAUCUGUUGUCCUUGGGAGAACUUUUCAUUAUGUUGAUGAAAUCUUGCCAUUCAGGUUUGGAGAAACGGAUUUACCUAUUGAUGAUAUUGCUGCUGUUUGCCUUUUGGUGUACUUUGGGGUCUCUACCCUGCUGGAUGCCUCAUCUAGUAAUGGCCAAAAAUCAGAUGAAGAGCAGAAGGAGGCAGAGCUAGCAGUUUCUGAAUUUUCUGGAAAUGGUGCUGGAAUACUAUCUGCUGCUAGCACAGCUGCCAGUACUUUUCUCUUAGUUUUUGUCGCCGAAUGGGGUGAUAAGUCAUUUUUCUCCACAAUUGCCCUUGCAGCAGCCUCUUCUCCCUUUGGAGUCAUUGCUGGAGCACUGGCGGGUCAUGGUGUUGCAACUUUGCUAGCUGUACUCGGGGGCUCUUUACUUGGAACGUAUUUAUCAGAGAAGGUUAUUUCCUACAUCGGAGGUGUUCUCUUUCUCGUCUUUGCUGCAGUAACCUUAUAUGAAAUUGUGCAAUAGGGGUUAAAAGAAAUGCGAUAUAAUCUCAGUGCAAAGUGAUCAGUAACGUAAUGAAAGAUCUCUAGAGUUGUAUGAUUCUUUACUCCAUUAAGUUUUAUUACUAGGGCCUCGAGAAGGGAAAAAUAUGUAUUUUUUUUUUUUUUGCUGAAAAGAAUGUAUAAUACUAAAACCUGUUUGUAGGAAUAGCUCAUUGCCUUUCAAUGCGAUGCUUAUAAAUUAUGCCAUGCUAGUCAUUAAGAAUUUGUAAUUUUAUUUUAAAGAAAAAAAUUAAUUACAUAAAUUAUGUGAAAUAUUAUUAUUUAA